AUGGGCAGGAAUCGGGCCAGAGGCCGCCGGCCUGGUGCCGGGCCCUCCCGGCCAGCCCCGCGAAGAAGGGCGCCGCCGCCCCCAGAGCCGUCGCCGCCGGCCGCCGUCGGCGAGGACCUGCCGGCCGACUACGCCGAGUGGCUCCCCGUGGCCGACGCGACCGAGCGGAGGCGCGCCGGCGUGCUCCUCCACCCGACGUCGCUCCGGGGCCCGUACGGGAUCGGGGACCUCGGCGAGGAGGCGUUCCGCUUCCUGGACUGGCUCCACGCCUCCGGCUGCUCCGUCUGGCAGGUUCUCCCUCUUGUCCCCCCUGCAAGGAAACCUUAUAAUGGGGGGUCUCCUUAUUCUGGCCAGGAUGCUAAUUGUGGCAACACACUCCUGAUAUCUCUAGAGGAGCUUGUAAAAGAGGGUUUGCUAGGAAAGGAUGAGCUUCCAGAUGCGAUUGAUGCUGACAGUGUGAAUUAUUCGAUUGUUGCUGAGUUGAAGGAUCCUUUGAUAGCAAAGGCUGCAGAGAGGCUCCUACAGAGUGAAGGAGACCUCAAGCGUCAGUUUGAAGACUUCUGUAAUGACCCUCAUAUAUCAAGUUGGCUUCAAGAUGCAGCUUAUUUUGCUGCUAUUGAUGAUACUUUGGACACACCCAGCUGGUAUGAUUGGCCUGAACCAUUAAAAAAUCGCCACCUUGCUGCAUUGGAAGAAAUUUACCAGAGCAAAAAAGAUUUUAUAGAUGUAUUUGUUGCACAACAGUUUCUGUUCCAAAGGCAGUGGCAGAAAAUUCGUGAGUAUGCUCACAUGAAGGGCAUCAGAAUCAUGGGAGACAUGCCAAUUUAUGUUGAUUAUCAUAGUGCAGACGUUUGGGCAAAUAAGAAACGAUUUUUACUGAAUAGGAAAGGUUUCCCUUUGUUGGUUAGUGGCGUUCCACCUGAUGCUUUCAGUGAGACUGGUCAACUGUGGAACAGCCCUCUAUAUGACUGGAAAGCAAUGGAUAAUGAAGGAUUCUCAUGGUGGAUACGGAGGUUGCGAAGAGCUCAAAGUCUUUAUGAUGAAUUCAGGAUAGACCAUUUUAGAGGAUUUGCUGGAUUUUGGGCUGUUCCUGCAGAGGCAAAAGUUGCGAUGGUUGGGCAAUGGAAGGUGGGACCUGGAAAGCCUUUGUUUGAUGCCAUCUCCAAAGCUCUUGGAAAGAUGAACAUAAUAGCAGAAGAUUUGGGCGUUAUCACGGAGGAUGUAGUUAAGCUAAGAAAGUCCAUUGGUGCUCCUGGAAUGGCUGUGCUCCAGUUUGCUUUUGGAGGUGAUGCUGACAAUCCUCACUUGCCUCAUAAUCAUGAGAGCAACCAAGUUGUUUAUACGGGGACGCAUGAUAAUGACACGAUACAAGGUUGGUGGGACAAUUUGAACCACGAUGAGAAGUCCAAUGUUCUUCAAUAUCUUGCAACUGAUGGAGAGAUUGACAUGGCAUGGAUAUUGAUUCAGGCUGUUCUUUCUUCUGUUGCAAGAACUGCAAUCAUACCAAUGCAAGAUAUCCUUUGUCUGGGAAGUUCUGCAAGGAUGAAUACCCCUGCAACUGUGCUUGGAAACUGGUCUUGGAGAUUACCGAGUUCCUUGAGCUUUGAGAGCUUGGAUAAAGAAGCCACGAAGCUAAAGGACCUGCUUUCACUGUAUGGGCGGCUGUAGGGGAAAGUUCAGAUAUUUUGUCUCCCGCAAUCUUACACAAGAACACUCAAUAAUUGGCCUACGUACAAAUCAGUAGCUACACUGGAGAUAUAGAGAAGCUUUGCAUCUAAUUUGUAUCCCUUUUGCAUGAUAAAGAGCCAGGGGAAGAUUGCAACAGGGGACUCUUGUUCUUUGUUAUGAAUAAGGAAAUAAGGAAAUAAGGAAAUAAGGAAAUAUGUUUCAGUUUAUUUUGUAGACAUUGCUAUUUCAAGCUGUAGAAUUUUGAGCUCAUAAGUUAUGCAUAAGUUGAGUUUGUAUA